AUGUGCGUGUACACGAGAAGAAACGCGGAAUUAAUAGCAGAAACGGAAUCGGAAACUGAAGAACAUGCAGGGCUUCAUUUGAUAUCAGAGGUUUUCUGGGAAUGUGAUAAUCUACGUACGCAAACUUUUUUUCAGAAUCUCAAGCAAUUCGUGUCGAAGAUUAGCAAGGCAAUAACAGUGAAUAGAAAAAGGAACCGAGAGAGGGGAAAUCAUCAAAAACUUGAUCUUCAGCAUACGGCGGCGAUGUGGAGAGGGGCAGAAGACGACGUCGUUGCCGGCGGCGACCCGAAACAUAUCUUUUGUGUGUUUGACACGCGUAUUGAUCAAAUCAUCAUUUAG